GAAGGGGGAAGUACUGGAGUGUUCCCAAAUGAGUUCUACACACCAAACGAGUUCUAUGUUUGUAUCCAUCUACAACGGUCCACACAGCCAGAGUGAGGCAGUGUCUGUAGAGGAAACCGAAGACUCUGCUUAACGCCAUCUGGAUUUACUGAGACCAAUCCGAACUUCUAAACAAAAUGGUGAACUGCAGUAUAAGCACACCGUUUGCCGAGGAUUUUGUAAGAGGGUUGAGCCCUGUCAUGAUGGGCUUCCUCAUCUUCUUACUGGUCAUGUCGCUGUCUACCUGUGCCCUCUUCAUGGAGAUGUGGGUGUACCUGAGCAGGAAAAUCAGCUGCACUCAUGUGAAAGACCGCUGUCUCAUGGUGCUGUCGCUCUUCCCGGUCGUUGGCAUCGCUGCCCAGUUGGGCUUGAUUGUCCCGCGGUCUGCCAUGUUGGCUGACCUCCUCAGUUCAGCCUACACAGGGAUGGCCCUGUUCGCCUUUUUCCACCUGACCGUGGCCUACCUCGGGGGCGAGACGGAGAUGCUGGAGAGGUUGCAGAGCGUGGAGUGUACUCUGCACGUCGGGCCCUGCUGCUGCUGCUGCUUCUGUCUGCCCACAACUCCCAUGGACCGAAGAGCCUACAGCAUUUUCAGAAAGUGUGUCUCUCAGACUGUGGUCCUGAUUCCCAUAUUGACCUUCAUCAUCGCCGUGCUCUGGGCUGAUGGGAAGUAUUUCCAAGAGAAGGUAGAUAUUUACAGUCCGGUGUUCUACCUGAGAAUAUUAAUGACCAUCUCCACCUUGCUGUCGUUGUAUGCCUUCAACGUCAUGGUGAAGACCAGCCUGUGUGUGGCCGACCGGAGGUAUCACUUAAUGGCCAAGUACCACGUUAUCCUGGUAGCGGUGAUCAUAAACAGCCUGCAGCCGCUUAUCUUUGAACUACUGACCAGCUACGACGUCAUCCCCUGUACAGAGAUGUUCAACUGGCAGGGGAGGGCCUCAGAGUUCAACAACAUGGCCAAGGUCCUUGAAGCCUUCAUCCUGAUGCUGACAGCCAGGGUGUACUACCGUAAACCCUACCCCCUCGUGGACACCGAACUCCUGGCCUUCGACAACUCUCUGCUCUUCAUCCAAUAAGCACUCUACACCACUCCACAUUGUAAAACACACACUGGCCGGUUUGAAGCAUGGUGGAGGCUUUCAAAUGUCCAUUUAUGCAAAUGCCGAUUUUUGUUAUUGUAUAAUAAUUGUGUGAUCUCUAUUUGUGUGUGUCCCUCACAAACUUUGUAAAAGAAUCCCCUCAACACUCUCUGACCAAAUCUGUGAACGCCUUAAAUCUGCACAAUGUAACCUUUUCAUUGUUUCUCCACAGAAAAAACUGAUUUAGCAAAAACAUUUGAGUCUCGUGGAUCUUCGUGAUGCACUGCAUGCUUUUGACCAAAAACGAGUCCUUCAGUUAACUUUUUGAGUUUUAUGUUUGCUGCGCCCCUUUACAUAGUGAUGUUACGUGCUAUUGUUGUGAUAAAUUCAACUCAUGCUAACUCUGCUACGACACAAAACGAAACCACUAACGCAGGAAUCCUCCUUCUGACCCUAUCCCUGUGUUGAGGAACUCUUAUUCCUGGGGACUCCCUGGGACGUUUCUACCUUUUAGCCGUGCAAGAACCGGCGCAAAUCCCCCAAGCCCAAGCCCCUCUAAAAAAUGUACAAAUACAUAAACCAUUUUUUCGUGUCACACAUUUCAGUGAUUCUGAUCCUCAAAUCAAUCUCAAAAUGUGUUAAAAUGUAACUUUUGUGCAACAGUUUUUCUCAACCCGGCUUGAGUGUCAGUUGUAUUUUCAAGUGUAUUUUCAAUGAAUAAUAUAAAUAAAGUAUUCUCAAAGCAGCAUUGCUAACA